GAGCAGAUCAGAGGGUGGACGUUCACAGCUACUGCCAUCCGCAAAGUUGUGUACGUUCCUCGAAGCCAUGGAAGAACUCUGCCUCUUCUCAACUUCUCCGAGGGAUCUGUUCAUCCCAAGUAAAGGCUCCCGGAGCGGAGCCACCAAGAUCCUUAUAGUGAUUACCGAUGGGCAGAAAAUGGAGGACCCCUUGCAGUACUGGGAUGUGAUACCAGAGGCUGAGCGAGCGGGGAUCGUCCGCUAUGCUAUUGGGGUGGGCAGUGCUUUCUCAUCGGUCCAGGCCAAGAACGAACUGGACACCAUUGCUUCCAGUCCCAGCUCUGAGCAUGUAUUUGCAGUACACAGUUUCGAGGGCCUCAGCGGGAUCCAGGACAAACUACAGGAUAAAAUCUUUGCUAUUGAAGGGACGCAAUCCCACAGCAGCAGUUCUUUCCAAAUGGAGAUGUCCCAAGAAGGAUUUAGCGCCUUGCUGACCCCGGACAGCUUUGCCUUGGGAGCAGUAGGAGCUUACGACUGGUCUGGAGGGAUGUUUUUAUAUCAGGGCAGCAACGAAAACCCAAGUUUCAUCAAUGUGUCCAGCUCAGCUAAAGAUAUGAGUGAUGCUUACCUAGGCUAUUCUUCUCAGCUUAUCCAGCUCAAAGGAAGACGUGGCUUUGUGUUGGGAGCCCCCCGUUACAACCACAUUGGCCUGGUGGUUGUCUUUGAGAAGCGCAGAAGGAGCAAGCCGUGGCAGCCAACAAUGGAGGCCGCUGGAGAACAGGUUGGCUCAUAUUUCGGAGCGACGCUGUGUCCCGUGGACCUCGAUAGAGACUCCGACACAGAUCUGGUUCUGAUUGGAGCCCCCAUGUAUUAUGAUGCUGUGACGGGAGGAAGGGUUUAUGUCUGCCAUUUUGAGGAAGAAGGUCUUCAAUGCAGGACAACUUUGAAAGGACAGGAGGGUCACGUUUUUGGCCGCUUCGGAGCCAGCAUGGCGGAAAUAGGUGACAUUACUGGGGACAGGUGGACAGAUGUGGUGAUCGGGGCUCCUAUGGAGGACGAGAGUGUGGGAGCCCUCUACAUAUUUUCAGGGAAAAGGACAUCCCUUAACCUUCAGUACAGCCAGCGCAUUGAAGGGCUUCGAUUCUCUGGUGGGUUCCUCUACUUUGGCCAGGCUGUCAGCGGAGGGACGGACCUCACAAGGGACGGCCUGCCAGACCUGAUUGUGGGAAGGCAAGGGCAGGUGCUGUUGCUCAGGACCCGGCCUGUUCUCCAAGUGGGAGUCUCCAUUGAGUUCCAGCCCCCUGUCAUCCCCACCUCGGCCUUCCAGUGUCAAGGGCAAGAGAGUCCCCUGCAGGGGGUCGUCAGUACGGUGACGGUAUGCUUUGCUGUCACCAAAGCUACUCGGAAUGCACUAGGUAUCAUCUCUAGCUUCAUUCAGUAUGACCUGGCCCUGGAUUCUGAGAGAAGCAAGAUUCGUGCCUCCUUCAGCUCGAAAUCUUCCAUUCUGACUAACGGCUUUCCAAUUGGCCUUGAGCGGAAAUGCAGGAAUCACCAGAUUGAAUUGCCUGUCUGCAUCGAGGACACCCUGACACCCAUCACCCUACGGCUUAAUUACAGCCUCCAGGGGAUGCCCAUGCCUCAAUCCCAGGGGCUGAAGCCUAUCUUGAGGGAAGGAGCGUUGCAAGUUCACACGGCACAGCUGCCUUUUGCAAAGAACUGCGGCACUGACGAGAAGUGUGAAGACCGUUUACAAACCUCGUUUAAUUUCUCAGGUUUGGACACCCUGAUUGUGGGCCUCACUCCAGAACUCAACGUGACUGCUUCCAUCCAGAACUACGGGGAGGACUCCUACACCACCACUCUGCGCUUUUUCUACCCCGCAGGGAUGUCGUACCGCAAGGUUACAUCACUGCAGCCCAGCAGGAAGCGGAUGAGCGUGAAAUGCAGCUCAGCUCCUGCGUCCAAAGAAGAUGCCGAACGGAACGUCACCUGUAACAUCAACCACCCGAUUUUCUGGAAUGCAGCCGAGGCCACCUUAGUUGCCACGUUUGAUGUUUCUCCUGAUGCUGAUCUGGGGGACACUGCGCGGUUCACGGCCAGAGCCAACAGUGAAAAUGGCGGCGACAUCACCACAGACAUGGUUCGCCAGGCAGAACUUCCUGUCAGAUAUGCUGUUUACAUCGUUGUCACUGCCGCUGAAGAGUCAACCACCAAGUAUGUCAACUUUACAGCCGGCCGGGGAGACGUCAGUGUGAGCGUGGAGCAUCAUUACGAGGUGAAGAACCUCCGCAAGCGAAGUAUCCCUGUCUCGGUGAUGUUUCAGGUCCCUGUAAAGCUGAACGGGAUCCAGAUCUGGAACGUGUCUCAGGUCUUUCCCUCCAAGCCUGAGCUUGCUAAGUGUGUCUUGGAAAGAGAACAUUCAGGUGACGAGGAUGUUGAAAAGAAACUGAUAAAGCACGCCCUUCUGGACUGCUCAGUGGCCGCCUGCAAGACAAUCCGGUGUGACAUUUUAUCAUUGAAGAUGUGGCAUCCAAUAGAGUUCACCAUCAAAGGCAAUGUCAGUUUCCAGUGGAUGUCUCAGUCCCAACAGAAGAAGUGGAUCCUCGUGAGCUCUGCGGAAAUUGCUUACGACGAUCAAAAAUACGCCCAACAGGAGGGCUUUGGGACCCAGCAGGUGCAGACUGUGGUGGAACGCAUCGACGUCUACAACUAUCUGCCUGCGAUCAUUGGAGGGACCUUGGCAGGACUUGUUGUUCUGGCAGCCAUUGCUGGGACCCUCUAUAAGGUCGGGUUCUUCAAGCGUCAAUAUAAGAGCAUGUUGAGUGACGCUGGGGGUGGCGACGGAGCUUCACCCCCCAGCCAGGAAGGCCCAGACUCCUCUCCCCCCAGCAAAGACAAUGUCUACUAAUAGCUCUCCUGGGCCCUCUGAGACUUUUUUUGGGGGUGCUUGUGGAAGAGGAUGGGGAGGAUCCUGUUUGCCCACCCCAGAAAGCUGUGCUGGGGAUCAAGGGAGCUGUUAUCUACAAAAGCCACGUGUGUCAGGGGCUGAAGGAAGAAUGGGGUAAUAACUGGCGAUUUUUGAAAAUCCCAGGUAAGGGAAAUAUUGCGGGGCAACACCGGGGCAGGCCCGCUUUAGCACCAGGAACCGUGCGGAAUUCUCGGCUGCACAGGGACAUUUUUCUUGCUCAACCCAGGAUAUUUUGACCGUGCGGAAACAACCAUGGAAGGAAAAGACUGGCAGGAUCCAGGCACAGGACUUUGUCAUGAGAACAAGCUGGCAGAACUUUUUUUUGGCUCUUUCAAACUCAGGUCUUUUUAUAUGGGAACCACAUGAAAGUUUUUCACAGAUGAAUUACAAAAAGAAAUGGGACAUAAACAUAAAUCCACAUUUGGGCGGGAGGGGGAUGUAUGGCUGAGUGGUGUACAGGGUCCAGAGGUGUCAUUAUUUCCUUAUUGUGUGGUAGACUCUGUGGCUGAGAAAGGUCUCUUGCAACACCCCUCCAGUGUAGUCCAGAGGAAUUAACACUGCAUUUAGGUGUGUGUAAUGUAAUUCAGACAUGUUGGUUACAAUCCCAAGAACACUUUUCCGGUAUGAAGUUGUGGUCGAGACUGCUAUCGUUAACCCUUUCCACACUGCUCUUACCAUUCUAAUAGAUCAAAUGGGGAUCCCAAAUAAAAUUGGGGAGGGAGAUUUCCUCGGCAGCUAAUAAAUUAUAC